AUGUCAGACUGUGUUCCACAACAAAAAUACUUUUAAAAAAAAGAAACCUUUCUAUUCUUAGCCAUUUUAGUAGUAAAAAAAUUAAAAAUGAUUUUUAAUGGUAAUCAAUUAGCCAAUUCAAUAUUAUAAACUCUUCGUGUUACUUCAAAAAUAAAGCCAAAAUUAGGAAUUUGUUUAGUAGGAGAUUCACCUGCAUCUAAAUCAUAUGUUAAUAGGAAAUUAAAAGCUUGUUAGGAAAUUAAUGUUGAUGCAGAAGUAUUUAAUUUUUCAGAAAAUGUUGAAUAAGAUUAAUUGAUUAAACAUAUCUAAUAAAUGAAUCAUGAUGGAAUAUUAGUGUAAGUAUUUUAAUAAAUAAAAAUAUUAAUAGUUACCAUUACCAUUACAUCUGAAUAAGUUGGAUAUCAUUCAUUCAAUUCCAUAUGAAAAAGAUGUGGACUGUUUACAUAUGCAUAAUUUAUAAAGAAUUUUAGUUUAUGGAGAAUUAUGUGAGAUGUUACCAUGUACUCCUGCAGCAGUAUUAUAAAUUUUGGAUUAUUAUGAUGUGAAUGUAAUUGGCAAGAAAGUUACAGUUAUAGGUAGAAGUUUCUUAGUUGGAUUACCAUUAUCAUUGUUAUUACAAAAAAGAAAUGCUACAGUAACUGUUUGUCAUAGAGAAACAUUAAAUUUAGAUUAACAUAUUAUGAAUGCAGAUAUUGUUAUAAGUGCAGCUGGACAUCCAAAAUUAGUUAGAAAUGUUAAAUAAGGAGCUAUAGUAAUUGAUGUUGGAAUCUCAUAAGGUGAAAAGAAAGGUAGAAUUGUUGGUGAUGUUGAUAUUGAUGUUGUUAAAAAUUAGGCAUCACUUAUUACUCCUGUUCCUGGAGGAGUUGGACCAAUGACAGUAUGUAUGUUAAUGAGAAAUCUGUGUAAUAUUUGGAAGAAGAAAUAAGGAUAGCCUGUUUACAUCAAUCCGAAAUUGAGUGAUGCUUAUUUGAAUGAUUGA